UAACCGUCGCAGCUACAUAAUAUUACACCACACAUGUUAUAAAUAUGAUGCCCCUACCACUCUGUUCGUACAUUUCAUUUUAUUAUUCUCUCUGAGGAAAAUAAAAACUCUCUAAAAAGAAAAAGCAAUCAUGUGUGGAGGUGCCAUCAUCUCCGACUUCGAGCCACCCAUCAGAACUGGCCGGAAAGUGACGUCACGAGACGUCUGGGCCAAGUUUGAAGGCAAAACCCGCUCGGAUCUGUUCGGCUGGAACUCGUUUGACGACACUUGCCCACCUUUCUCCACCUUGGACGACUCAUUUGGCGAGCCCAAGCAGCCCCAUCACAUCCAAAUCAAAGAAGUGAGUCAUGAGGCGAGUGGGAAACCGAGUCAAGAAGGGCACAAGAGGACUCGGAAGAAUGCGUACCGCGGCAUCCGUCAGAGGCCGUGGGGCAAAUGGGCUUCCGAGAUACGUGACCCCAAGAAAGGCGUCCGAGUCUGGCUCGGUACUUACAACACCCCUGAAGAGGCCGCCAGGGCUUAUGACGAGGCCGCCAAGCGCAUCCGUGGUGACAAGGCCAAGCUCAACUUCCCUGACCCACCUGCCAAGAAACACUGUGCUGGUGCACCCAGAGCUCCCCCCGAGUUGACUCAGUCGUAUCCCGAGUUGAGUUACUCAUCCACCGAGUCGACUCAGUCCUACUUCAAUGCACUCACUCCCACCGAGUCGACUCAGUCGACCUUCAAUGCACUCUCUCCAGCCGGGUCGACUCAGUCCGAGUUGGGUUAUGACCCAGCCCAAUGCUUUGGAACAUUUCAGCCACCAAACUUCAGCCCAGCUCAAAUGGCCACUCCAGAGGAAGAGCUUGAAUUCAAAGAGCACAUCACAAGCUUGAAGAGCUUCUUGGGACUGGAGCAGGAGGUGAGUCAGAUGGGCUUCGACUCGGUUGAUUACUGGGCAAUGGAUGAUCUCGAUGCAUUACUUGCAGCUUAAUUAAUCAACUCAACAUGGCCCAUCAGCAUCAGCAGCAUGCAAAUUAUGAGCUACUAGCAGCAUUAACAAUAAAAUAAACUUUGUUUUGAGUAUUAAUAUGUGUGUUAUGUUUUAAGUAAUGUGUUUAUGUGCUUGGUGUUACUAAUAUCAUACUUCUGUAAUAAAAGUACUAGCUAGCAGAUGACAUUUCAUGUACUAAAAAUAAAUUUGCGUGCUAUGUAUUUGCGUCUUUCAUUUC